UGCCACGCGAAACCACGAGUUGGUAUUUGAAACCUCUUUUUCCUCUCUAUUUAUAAAAACUUGGACUCCAUUCUUGUUAUCUCUACCAUUUUACCUUUCCCACACGAAGACAAGAGAAAGGCAUUGAUCAGGGGUGCUAAAGAUUGCCAUAAUAUUGAAAGCCCAUCUUUUCGUUUUUGCGAGAAUUUAAUAAGAAGUGAACACCACAAUGACAGAUCAAAAUACGAGCACGGUUGAUUCUGUAAAAGCAUGGAUCUCAGAGCAUAAACUCAGGACUGUUGGAAGUCUGUGGCUAGCCGGGUUGGCCGGUUCGUUUGCUUACAAUUGGUCUCAACCUAAUAUGAAAACCAGCGUCAAGAUCAUUCAUGCAAGGCUUCAUUCCCAAUUUCUGACGUUGGCUGCUUUGUCUGGAGCUGCUCUCGUUGAAUACUAUGAACACAAAUCAGGAGCUAAGGCAAAGCGAUAUGAAAAGCAUAUGUAAUGCAGUGACGGCAAUGGCUUUACAUAUAGAAUUUUGAUUACACAGUAUUGCAUGCAGCACCAAAAUUCACAUUCAAUAAACUUGCUGGAAAUUUUUCGAUUCAGUACUUACAGGCGUAAUUAGCUGGAACAUAUGUAGCUAAACGCUAUCUUGGAAAAAGAAGAAACCAGAGGGACUAAUCUCCAUUUUUUACAUAUAUGUGAUUUUUUAUUUCA